GCUUCUCGUUGUUCCUGUCCUGAUCCACCAGCAGGGGGCACUAUGGGGCGCUAAUCCACCAGCCACCAGGGAGAGAAAAGAACAAGAGCAGCUUCCGGUGUUGUGUUAGCAGCAUGCUAGCUAUGCUAACAGGAGGGUUCGGGUUCUAGAAGUCCUCUUCGGGAUAAGAAAAUCUCAUCUGGGUCGGUUCUGGCGUUCCAAAACUGGAACCGGAACCGGAACAUGAUGGCUCGUCCUGCUGGUUCUGCCGGCUGUCUGGACCAGAAGGUUCUGCAGUAUGAAGCUUUCAUCAACGACGUGCUGAGGAGAGACCUGCGGGCGGUGCUGGAGCAGAGGGAUCGUCUCUAUGAGAAGAUGUCUCACUACCUGCAGCUGAAGAACGCCAUCCAGAGUCUGGAGGAGGCGGGGCCUCAGCGGCUGAAGGCAGACGUGGAUCUGGGCUGCAGCUUCUUCGUUCAGGCCCGAGUGAACGACCCCUCCAGGAUUCUGGUGUUGGUCGGGUUCGGGUUCUUCGUGGAGAUGAGCCACCAGGAGGCGCUGCGCUUCAUCGACAAGAAGACCAAUCAGCUGACGCUCUUCACUGAGCAGCUCACCAAGGACGCCGCCAAAAUAAAAGCCCAUAUCCGGAUGGUGCUGGAGGGUCUGCGGGAGCUGCAGGGGCUGGAGGAGCUCUCAGACGUCUGCAGGAACUCUGCUGCUGCUGCUCAGCUCUGAUUGGACGAUUAGGAGGAUGAGGAUGAGGAGGACGAGGAGCCUCUUCAUCCGGAGGCAAAUUAUCUCCAACUGGACACACAGUGGAACCAACUUCUUCUCAGAUGUGAACUGAAACAUUGAUGACAUCUUCCUGUUGCUGCUCAAACAGGAAGUCCUCCACAUCACUGAGACCUUUCAAAAUACAAUGUCAGGAAAUGGUUUUGUCUGGUGAACAGAGAAGCAGCUGAACUGAAGCUGAAGAAACAAACAUGAACAAGUCCUCAUCCUUUUGCUGUUUAUUGUGGUUUUAAUUGUAAAUUUAAUAAAAAAAUUGAGAAUA